AUGUGCCAUAAACCGUUCAAAUUCUUUUCUUUUGUCGUGAGUCAGGUUAAUGGGCCGAGUGCGGGGUGGGGGGCAGAGGUGGUUGUUGAUGGGGGCUCAUGGCGGAUAUGUGGGGUGCGUGUUGUUGAUUUUCACUGUGCUACUUAUUCCCAUAAAGAUGGUCCCUUUUCUAUUUUGUUUUCAAAGGGACCCGUGCAUCUAAUUCACCACGUCUUCAUUUAUUUCCAUUUCUCGUUGAUAUUUUUCAUUGCAGGCCUCACCGACAUUUUCUUUCUUUCUACCCUCCAUUGCGAUUUCCGUUUCCUUUCAUUGUCAUUGGCUUUUAUUUCCUUCCUUUUUCUUUUUUCUUUUUCUUCUUCUUUUCGCGGGCUUUUUUACGAUGAAUAUCUUCAGAUUUCAGAUGGCUUUCUUUAUAGGCAACUCUUUAUUUUCUUUUACUAUUUCUUUCUUUCUUUCUUUCUUUCUUUCUUUCUUUCUUUCUUUGUUUCUUUCAACUUCUUUUCCAAAAUGUUUUCUUUCCUUUACAUAUUCUUUCUUUCUUUCUUUCUUUCUUUCUUUCUUUGCGCUUAA